AUGCGUGCAGUCGGAAAGAGUACUUCUCACGCCUCGGCAGCAGGUGAUUCGUCAUCCGUUGUUGUGAACAGUCCACGUGGUGAGUCACCGCGUGCGACAGGCACAUCCGCUCCAUCUGCAGCGGGUACCUCAAAUCGUAAUCAAGACGAGUCUGAAAUCGAGCUCUUCUAUUCUGGCGAGUUGGAUGAUGCAUCCGACUCGAAGGCGACGCCUCACGCCUCGUGA